AUGGAGAAGUCCACUUUGGCCUCGGACACUAUCCGUCCGGAUCCCGCCAAGGUCGAAGAGUAUGAUGCAACUCCUAAGGAGGAGCUUCAGCUCAAUGUCGGCGGUCGUGGUGCCACCCAGCGUCGCCUGCGGAACUAUCAAGUCACCAUGAUCGGUUUCUGCAGUGGUAUCGGCACGGGUCUGUUCAUCGGUACGGGAGCGGCCUACGCGAAGGCCGGUCCUGCGGGUCUGCUUCUCGCGUUUAUUAUUGUUGGCAUGGUUCUAUGGUGCGUUAUGCAAAGUAUCGCCGAGUUGGCAACUCUGCUGCCCACCGCUGGUUCGUUCCCUCACUGGGCGACGCGCUUCAUUGAUCCAUCUGUCGGUUUCUCUCUUGCCAUUUCUUACGGAUAUUGUUACACGAUUGCUAUCGCCUCGGAGGUAUCAGCAGCAGCAGUUGUUGUGUCCUAUUGGACAGAUAUAACGCCUGCGGUUGUCAUCACGGUUGGCUUAAUCCUGAUCCUGAUCAUCAACCUGAUGAGCGUGCGGUUCUACGGCGAGACUGAGGUCGUUGGAGGUGCCAUCAAAGUCCUUUGCUUCCUGGGCUUGGUGGUCGUCUCUAUUGUCAUUACAGCCGGUGGUGGCCCCAACCACGAGGCCAUUGGCUUCCGCUAUUGGAAUAACCCAGGCGCAUGGACAAACUACAACGGCAUCACUGGACCUACCGGCCAUUUCCUGGGCUUCCUGUCAUCAUUCGUCAAUGCCUCAUUUAGCUUCAUUGGUGUUGAGACCGUCGUCAUUACCGCUGCCGAGUCUGUCGAUCCCCACCGGGCUAUUCCCAAGGCUGCCCGCCGAGUCACCUAUCGUAUUGCCUUCUUCUACGUCCUAGGUGCCUUGCUCAUUGGCCUUAUCGUGGACCCACGGAACAAGGCUCUUGUCUCUGGAUCCGGUAACGCGAACAGCUCGCCGUUCGUUAUUGCUAUUCAGGAAGCCGGUAUCAACGCACUGCCGUCCAUCGUGAAUGCCUGUGUUCUCGUUGCCGCCUGGUCUGCCGGUAACUCGUACUGCUGGGUCGGAUCCCGUAUGAUCCUAGCUAUGACGACCGACCACCAGCUGCCCCAGAUCUUCGGUCGAGUUACCAAGAACGGAGUGCCAUACGUUGCUGUCAUCGCGGCUUGGCUGUUUGGUCCCCUGGCUUAUCUGAGUCUUGGAAGCGGUGGUGCCGCGCAGGCCUUUACCUGGCUGCUCAACCUUAGCACUGUUGCGGGUUUGAUCGCCUGGGCCACUCUCUCAUUCUGCUACAUUCGCUUCCACGCCGCUAUGAAGGCACAGGGUGUCUCUCGGGACUCGCUUCCUUGGAAGGGACCUUUCCAGCCAUAUGCUGCUUGGGUCGGCUUCAUUGGUUCUACCAUCAUCACUCUGGUUUGCGGCUUCCCUGUCUUCUUGAAGGGCAACUGGAGUGCAUCCAACUUUGUUGCGUCGUACAUUGGCAUUCCCAUUUUCAUUGUGCCAAUCAUCAUCUGGAAGCUUUGGCACGGUACCAAGUAUCAACGUGCUGCCACCAUUGACCUCUGGUCAGGCCGUCUUCAAGAUGGAGAAAUCAUGCCUCAUCGGAAUCCGCGAAACACCCUCUGGGGGCGGUUCCUUGACUGGCUUGCAUAG